AUGGCUGCCGUUCCUCCUUUCUUCACUGUACAUGACGACAUGGCCAUCUGUGGCAUUGACGAUGUCACCCUUUUCCAAGGACGCACACAAGCCGAGAGAAUUGCUUACGAAAUAUUCUCGGACGAUUUCACCACAACAAUGGACAGCACCAUUGACGAACUGUUCAAGACCCUCACAGGAUUGACGAUUCCGCAAGGACAGAUACGCUUGAUGCCAGCUAUCAAAAGAACAUCCGCGCAUUCAUCCAAUGGUGCAGAGACGAGAUUUGCAUGGGACGAGACCCUACCACAACACCAUUUCCCGUCGUUGAUGCAGCCAAACUGCUCAGACGCAUGA